AUGCUAUCAGAAAUUGCGUGGCCCCUUACUAACCCAUUUUGUGUGCCUCCUCCCCCACCCCCCUCAUCUGUGCUUUUGGCACCCUUCCUAGAUAUACAACUUGGACACAUGCACAUUUUCAUGCCAAGGGCCAAGUUAUUCCAGGCUCUUCUGGGGCAGGUUAGUGUCCUGUUAGAUGCGGUCCAAGUUGGGAAGAUAUUUCUAUUCUCCAAGAAUAUCUGUAUUGCCUGAAGUUCUCCAGCUGCUUGGGGUCUAUAGAACUGUACUUUGCUUUUCCAGUAGUCCGUAAAAAGGCAGAAAAGGCAAAACAUUUAACCCCUUAAGGACCAAGCUUCUGGAAUAAAAGGGAAUCAUGACAUGUCACACAUGUCAUGUGUCCUUAAGGGAUUAAAGGAACACUAUAGUCACUAUAGGAACACUAUAGUCUCCUAAAUUACUUUAGCUAAAUAAAGCAGUUUUAGUGUAUAGAUCAUUCCCCUGCAAUUUCACUGCUCAAUUCACUGUCAUUUAGGAGUUAAAUCACUUUGUUUCUGUUUAUGCAGCCCUAGCCACACCUCCCCUGGCUAUGAUUGACAGAGCCUGCAUGAAAAAAAACUGGUUUCACUUUCAAACAGAUGUAAUUUACCUUAAAUAAUUGUAUCUCAAUCUCUAAAUUGAACUUUAAUCACAUACAGGAGGCUCUUGCAGGGUCUAGCAAGCUAUUAACAUAGCAGGGGAUAAGAAAAUCUUAAUUAAACAGAACUUGCAAUAAAGAAAGCCUAAAUAGGGCUCUCUUUACAGGAAGUGUUUAUGGAAGGCUGUGCAAGUCACAUGCAGGGAGGUGUGACUAGGGUUCAUAAACAAAGGGAUUUAACUCCUAAAUGGCAGAGGAUUGAGCAGUGAGGCUGCAGGGGCAUGUUCUAUACACCAAAACUGCUUCAUUAAGCUAAAGUUGUUCAGGUGACUAUAGUGUCCCUUUAAUACAAAUCAACUAACAUUUUUUUUAAAUGCAAAUUGUUACAGUAUCCAGAUUACAUUAACUCCCUUAGCAAGCUCAGUGGACAAACAUCCAGAGAAAACUAUCCAAACUUCAGAGUUUUGUCCCCAUUACAUUUCAGUGAGGACUCAUCAUCCCAGGUAAUCUUGACUUCUACGGAGAGUCAUUUUUGAAGAAUAGCAUUUUCAGUAAGUCAGUAAGGAAUCUUUGUGUCUCAACCAGGGUGGGAAAAUAAUUUGGCCUGAGCAUUUUUUAAUGACAGCAACCUGGGGAGAACUGGGCAGGGCCAGAGAGAAGGUGUUUUGUCAUCACCAGUGACAAGUAAAUCCCCUCUCAAAGGGAGCAUGUUUCUUCAAUGCUUUUCCAGGGCAGAACAUGUGCAGAGCUCUGCUGAAGAGCUCUUGCAUGUUCUGCACAGAGUAAACAAAUUUAAUGACACACUUGUGUGUAGGGGAUCUAGUGUGUGCAGAGGCUCCAGAGUGUGUAUAGGGGAUCUUGUGUGUUUGUUUAGAGGAUCCAGAGUGUGUGUAGGGGAUCUAACGUGUGUGUAGGGGAUCCAGAGUGUGUCUAAGAGAUGUAGUGUGUGUUUGUCAGGAAUAUAGUAUGUGUAAGAGGUGCAAUGUUUGUGUAAAGGAUGUAGUGUCUAUAGGGGAUCUAGUGUGUAGGGGUGUAGUUUGUGUGAGGGUGCAGCGUGUGAGGGGUUCAAUGUGUAUGUGAGGGUUUCAAUGUGUGUGUGAAGGAUGCAGUGUGUGUUAGGGGCUUAAUGUAUAUGAGGGGUGCAGUGUGUGUCAGGAGUGACGUGUGUGUGAGGGGGCAAUGUUUGUGUGAGUGGGGCAGUGUGUGUGAGGGGUGUAGCGUGUGUGUGAGUGGGACAGUUUGUGUCUGUGUUUGUCUGUGUGUGUGUGUCUGUAUGUGUGUGUCUGUCUGUGUGUCUGUCAGUGAGGGGUACAAUGUAUGUGUCAGGGGUUUAGUGUGUGUGAGGGGUGCAGUGUGUGUGUGGGGGGGCAGUGUGUGUGAGAGGUACAAUGUAUGUGUCAGGGGUUUAGUGUGUGAGGGAUUCAGAGUAUAUAUAUAUGAUAUAUAUAAAUUCAGCUGACAGAAAAACAGAACAUUCCUAGCUAAAUCUAAACAGAGCACACAAUCAUAAUGACAGGGUUUAUUAAGUUAUUAAGUUAAGCUAUUUUAGCUUGAAUUUUGCAAUCUGACUUUUAAUUCACUCCUGUUUAACAAAUAAAUCCUUCAUAGAGUAUAGCAGAAAAGGUUACCCUAAAUCCGGGAAAAAGUCUUCUUAAGCCCUUACAGAUUGAAUGAUAUUGAAUGGAAUACACCACAUGCAGGUGAUGACUUGAUUAUUAGUAGGUUGCUAUUUUUGCCAUAUUGAUCUUUGUUUACUUUCUUAUUUCUUUAUUGUCAUUAUUUUUAUGCCUUCAUGGCUUUUUGAAACAUAUAAACAAAGAAACGUAGAAACAUAGAAUGUGAUGGCAGAUAAGAACCAUUCUGCCCAUCUAGUCUGCCCAAUUUUCUAAAUACUUUCAUUAGUCCCUGGCCUUAUCUUAUAGUUAGGAUAGCCUUAUGCCUAUCCCAUGCAUGCUUAUCCCCUUAAGGACCAAAAUUCUGAAAUAAAAUGGAAUCAUGGCACACAUGUCAUGUGUCCUUAAGGGGUUAAACUCAUUUACUGUGUUAACCUCUAACACUUCAGCUGGAAUAAGAAAAAAAAAAAAGGUUAUUUACUAAACUGAGCAUUGUGAUGGACUGAUUAAAAACUGAAUUCUUUUACCCCUCAAAUCCUUCUAUUUGUAGUGUAAAAUAUUAAAGGCAGGUGUUAAUUCAUCCCAAAUGGCUUUUUACUGAAUAAAUACUGCGAUAUUAAGGUUUUAGGUGGAAGUCCAUUUUUAAAUUUUUUAUUUUAGUGUCCUUGAUUGAUGGUGUCUUUGAUUAGGUCUGUCUAUACCGGCACUAGUGAGAUGAUCAUUCACUCUCCUACUACUCCCUUAAUUGCCAUACAAUUUGCAUUUUGUAAGUCAGCAUUUUUGGAGGCACUCUAAGUGAUAUUAAACUUUGUCACAAUGUAUUUGCCUCAGCACUUUGCCUUGUGGCUGCUAAAGAUGAGGGUUGGUUUCUACUGGGGUCAUUGGAAGAUGUCACAACACUUUGCUCUUGGUUGAUUAAUGCUAAUGUAAUUAUUGAAGGUGGUGGUAUUGUUGGUGGUGGUGGAUGAGGCAAGUCAAAAACAGAUAGAGUUGGACCUUGACAAGGUGGAGAAGUUGCAGGAGGCGAGUACACGCUACAUGCUAGAGAAAAUAAUGGGCUACUGCCUGUUGCCUUGAGACUCUCUCCUCUUGUAAUUCUUCUAGGUCAGUGGUUCCCAAACCAGUCUUCAUGGUUCACCAACAGACCAGGUUUUGUCAGUAUCCUUCACUGAAAAAAAAAAAAAAGAAAAAAGAAAUACAUACAUCCUAGAUCAGUGAUGGCAAACCUUUUUUUCCUCAAAGUGCAACAUGGCAAUUAAACCUGAAUACUGAGGUUUAAGUUUAGAAAAAACAACUCAUACAGUUGUCUGAACUAAUUCUCCUCUUCUCUCCCCCCAGCAUCUUCCUUUCCCUACCCACAGCAUAUACCCCUUCUCUCCCCAGCAUCUCCUUCUCCUCUCCCCAGAUUCUCCUCUCCCCCAGAUUCUCAUCUUCCUCUCCCCCAGAUUCUACUCUUUCUGUCCCCUUCUCCCACCAGCAUCUCCUCCUAUCCCCCCCAGCAUCUCCCCCUCCCAUUCUCCCCCCAGAAUCUCCUCCUCUUUUCCUCCAGUUUCUCCUCUUCUUCUCCCCCAGAUUCUCCUCUUCCUCUCCCUUUCUCCCUCCAGCAUAUCCUCCUCCUCUCCCCCAGAUUCUCCUCUUCCUUUCCCCCAGAUUCUCAUCUUCCUCUCCCCUUCUCCCCCAGCACCUCCUCCUCUUCUCCCCCAGCAUCUCCUCCUCCCUUUUCUUCUGUGCAUUCCCCUCCCCAGCAUUCUCCUUCCUCUUUCACCCUGUAGCAUUCUCUCCUCUCUCCUUUUUUCCCCAGCAUCUCCUCCUUCCUCCUGCAUUCUCCUCCUCUAUUCUUUUCCCCUUCAGCUUCCUUCCUCUCUUCUCCCCAGCAUUUCCUCCUCCUCUCUCCCCCAGAUUCUUCCUCUUUCUUCUUUUCCCCAGAUUCUCAUCUUUCCUUCUCCCUUCUUUUCCCAGCACUCUCCUCCUCUUUCUUUCUCCCCAGUAUCUUCUCCUUCCUCCUUUCCCCUUUUUCCCCAGCAUCUCCUCCCCCAGCAUCUUCCUCUCUUUCCCUUUUCUACCUCUGUUAUAUUCUCUCUCUCCUUUUUUCUUUCCUCAGCAUUCUCUCUCUCUCCUUCCUUCCCAGUGCAUUCUCUCCCUUCUUUCAUUCUUUCUUUCCUUCCUUCCCCUUAGCAUUCUCCUUCCUCUGUGCAUUCUCUCUACCAUUCUCUACCUUUCCCUCCCUCUCCUUCCUCCUCUCCGCUUGAUUUCCUGCUUUCCGGCGGCAUCAGCGGAAGGAGCAGUGCUGGAACAGCAUGUAAGUCAGUGUAAGUCAGUGCUCCCUUGCAGCCCUCUAUCCCACCCACCCACCAGUGCCAUCUUAACACCAUUAUGGGCCCCCAGGCAAAGCAGUGCACUGGGGCCCUGCCUACACACAACUCACCGGAAUAAAACAUUUAAUUAUAGAUAAAAUUAGGCUUAUAUUUAUUAGUAUCUCCAACAAAUGCAAUACAUACAUAAAAUACAUAUACAGACUGCUAAACACAUUGCUGUAUGUGCGUGGGGGGGGUGCUGUGUGUACGUGGGGGGGGUGCUGUGUGUGCGUGGGGGGCUUUGUGUGUGUGUGGGGUGCUGUGUGUGUGUGUGGGGGGUGCUCUGUGAAUGGGGGGUGCUGUGUGUGUGGGGGUUGCUGUGUGUGUGUUUGCUGGGGGGGUGCUGCUGCAAAUAUAUUAAUACAAUCUGUCUCCCCCCUCCCUUCUUCUUACCUUUGGUGAAAGAAAUCCCUGGUAGUCUGGUGGUGGUAAGAGAGACAGGUCCUGCAGCUCUCCUGCCCUCCCGCGCGAUGCUGUGUGGAGCGUUGCCAUGGUAACGUGCGGCAACGCUCCACACAGAUUGCUCGCGGGAGAACAGGAGAGCUGCUGCUCAGAUCCCUCCCCCUGUCCUCCAGACACGGAAGCCGUUAUGGGCAGACACGUGCCUACUCUGCAAUGAUGCCGACUGACGACCUAUGGCCGCGUGCCCACAGAGAGGUUCGCCACCAGUGUCCUAGAUUGUUUGUGGGCCGUGAGAACUGGUGGAGACGUGUUAAGGCUCUGAGAGGCUGUCGCACUACUGAUGAUGGUGUCCCUAGAGGGUAAUGUAAACACUGCCUUUUCUCUGAAUCCACCUCCAGUGGCCACUGGACGUGCUUACUGACAUUCAGCAUCUCCACACACUGCAUGGAGACGCUGAACUUUGUUAAUACGGAUGCAUUGAUUCAAUGGAUCUCUAUGAGGAGGUGCUGAUUGGCUCAGUCAGCAUUUGGCCCUACCCUUUCCCACAUCCUUGGCAAUUUUAGCCAAUCCAAUGUUUUCCCUAUGGAAAAGCAUUGGAUUAGCUGAAAUAAUUUAAUUCUGAUUAUGUCAAUCAUUGGAUUGGCUGAAAUAAUUUAAUUCUGAUGAUCGGCAGAUCGGCAGAUCGGGGCGAUACCAGCGCUGGUAGACCUGGGUGGGGCUGGAAAACAAGGUAAGUUUUCCUACCUUUUAAGGAGGUUAAGCAGCACUCACACAAUUGCACAAUUGCAUAGCACACACUGCCACUCCUACAAAAAUGUUUUCCUUUCUACAAACAGUUCAUAAAAAAAGACCUGUCAAACUCGAUAUCAGUGAAUCAAACUUGGUAGUAGCUAAACUGAGCAAUAACCUAAAUACCAGUCUCACACUAGCAUACCUCCCAACAUCACUCUUCUUCAAACUGGGGCUGGGUGGGGCUGUCUAUGAAAGGAGCGGUCUUGUCCAAAAGACGGCAGGUCAGCCUGGAAAAGCACUCUCUGCAUGGCCCUAGUGCCCGCUGCACAGUGAGAGCAUACCCAAUGAGGCGCUCAUGCUGUGCUGCCUGGGGACAGUUCCCUGGUGUCCCCAGAUGCAGGAGACCAGAGAACUAAAGCAGGUCAGCGGGACAGCACCCCAAAAUUGGGACUUUAAGCUGCAAUCUCACACUAGGAUCAAUGACACAGGCUAUCUCCCACACAGGCCACAGGUGCACUCCCACAGUAUCUGAAAAUAUUUGAGCAUUACUCUUUGCAGAUAUGGACUUUGGCCGAACAGCUCAUUGGCCCAAAUACCAUAGUUCAGUAAAUAGCAGGCUUGUAAAUUUUCUUACAAAACCACCCUCAUCUCCAUUGUGCAAAAUAUAGUAAAGUUAUACUUCUUACGCCAAACACCGUAUUUAAUUUCAUAGCCCAGGAUGAUGCCACAUACCACCGCAAACAAACAUAAUCCAAUUAUUUAUAUUUCUGAAUACAUUGAAUAAGAAGAGUAAUCUUUCUUUCCUGAAACAGUUUUGGAAUACUGCAGCAAAAGCAAGCAUUUUAUUUUUUUUUAGUAUUCAUCAACAAGUAGCUUCAACAAGACCAGUUGGACAUACAAGAACAGAAGAUGCCGAUAUGCCUAUCAAAAUGUAAAAUCUGAAUAAUUCAUGUGACAAAACUGAAAUUCAUUUAUGCCCAUUAAAUUAAACUGUAUUAAUAACUGUGUGUUCUGUGAUAAGUGUUUUCUUUUUUAUCAUUAUGAAAGCAUAAUGCAUUUAUUGCUGCAAAUUGUAAUUUCUAGGGGCUGAGGACCGCGUUUCGUAAUGUGUACAUUAACCCCUGCAGUUGUGUGCCUCUAGCCAUCUGCAAUUGAUUUUCGUGAAUAAGUAAAAGCAAGGAUUGAUUGAAUUUCAAAAGUACACGUUUUCAUGGAAAAUCAAUGGGUUGAGGACCAAGUCUGGAGCACUGUAUAAAUCCACUUUGUUUUGCGUCCUCACUAAUGACUUUGCACACUGUUAUGCGGUGUUUAAUCAAUGGUUUUAUGUGUUUAUUUAGUAGAUAAUGAAUGAUUAUUCAACAUAUUAGAGUAGAGAAGAGCCGAGGAAAGGAGCUGAAGAAAAGGGCAGAGAUAGAUAGAGAGAAGAGAGAGAUUUAUUUUCUAUGGUUCUCUGUAGCUUGUGGUGCUGAAUUAAAUUGUGACUGUAUCCCUGACAGAGCUCUGUUGCUAUAUAUUCAAAGCAAACAGCUGGGGCUAAAAUAGAAAACUGAGAUUUGGGGAGUUAGGGCAAACACAAAACUAGAGUAAUAACAGCUAAACAAUGCUAUGUUAUCUGUACUAUGAGAUGUAUAGAGUGACCAGGGGGAGGGCUUCACCAACAUAACAACACAGGGAAAUGUGCAUUUAGCUAUGAAAACAGAUAGAAAACAAACCUAUAAAGAUAAAUGCAGUGAUAUACUUGGUGAUGUGAGUUUGGUACAAUGAUAUCCCCUUAAAGUGCCAGCGUACCAAGCAAUUCACUAGCAGACAUGGGUGGGAGUACCACCACUAGAGAGGGUGUGAAGGGGUUAAUACAAAUGCAUUUAGAAUAACAGCAAAGAAGCAGGUUCCCUCCUCCUGUAGACGUCUGUUGGUCUUGUUUUAUCCAAUGCUGAUUAGAUUCCAGUGAUCCUGAGGAGAGAGUGAUCACAGAGGGAGAGUGGAUGAGGUUAUUGUGUGUGUGUGUAUGUUUGUGAGCGCAAUACAGAGGUGCCAAUACCAACACAUGGCAUUGUUCAGUCUGCUCUCAGAAUUUAAUCUGCUCAGUAGAACAAAUGGACACAUUCUAUCAAAAACAAGCAACCAGCAUCCAGGAAAAGCUCACAGCAGCCAGCAAACGUCCUGACUCUUCACACCUGGGACUUACACAGACAGGAUGACUUCAACAUGCAUUCUCUUGUGAUGGAAUCAUUAGGACCUCACGUGCCCAUUCACUCCCAUUGGAAGCCUGCAGGAAAGUGGGGAAGGUGCUAAAAUGUUCACGGAUUACUGGUAAAGAGCAUUUGGUCCUUUUUUUUUUUUUUUGCCUGAGAGACUAUAUUUAUAUCCAUAUAAAAAGAAAUCAUGCAGGGGAGAAAGCAAAUCAGAGGCUUAAAAUGAGUUUUUCCAUCUGAUAAGAGUUUUUUUCCCUCUCUUCUCUCAAAACAGAUAAUGCUGCUGAGCACUAGAGGCUUACUCUACAUUGAGCCCAGAUCUCUGGCAGAAUACAAUGUUGCUUGAAGCUGGCUGAAGAGGUGCAUUGAGAAGGUAAUCUAAGGUAUGUCAUGUUCCUAAAAGGGCAGCUGAUUUUACCGGUGUGCAUGCUGAUGCUCUGUAUACAAAGUGCUACACAGAAGGGGUCACUGCAAGACUGGUGCCCUCCUAAUGGAAAACCUCUCUGCCUACAAUGUAACCAUUCAUGUGUUGCAAAAAGAUCUAGAAUUGGGAAACACAGACCUGAGCGUCAGAGCACUCACUGGCUUGCUCCUCUCCCUUCUAAUCCUGUCUACUCUCCUGGGGAAUACUUUGGUAUGUCUGGCAGUCAUCAAGUUUAGGCACCUGAGGUCCAAGGUGACCAACUUUUUUGUUAUCUCUCUAGCUGUCUCAGACCUCUUUGUGGCUCUGCUGGUGAUGCCCUGGAAAGCAGUAACUGAGGUGGCUGGUUACUGGCUCUUUGGGAAAUUUUGUGACACUUGGAUAGCAUUUGACAUAAUGUGCUCUACUGCAUCCAUUCUAAACCUCUGCAUUAUCAGCUUGGACCGCUACUGGGCAAUAGCAAGUCCCUUUAGGUAUGAAAGGAAGAUGACUCAAAGGGUGGCUUUCAUCAUGAUUGGCGUAGCCUGGACUUUGUCCAUCCUGAUCUCCUUCAUACCAGUACAGCUCAGCUGGCACAAAUCUGAUGAGCUGGAUGAUAACUUUAAUGUCACCAACCAGACCGAGAACUGUGACUCGAGCCUAAACAGGACAUAUGCCAUUUCCUCUUCUCUUAUCAGCUUUUAUAUCCCAGUAGCUAUCAUGAUAGGAACAUAUACUAGGAUCUAUAGGAUUGCUCAAACUCAAAUUAGGAGAAUAUCUUCUUUGGAGAGGGCAGUGGAACAUGCUCAAAGCUGUCACCCAGACUGUCCUCAUGAAAACUCAUUAAAAACCUCCUUCAGAAAGGAGACCAAAGUACUCAAGACAUUGUCUAUUAUCAUGGGAGUCUUUGUUUUUUGCUGGCUACCCUUCUUUGUUCUGAAUUGUAUGGUCCCAUUCUGUCAUACUGGUCUUCCAGGGCUCAAUGAACCAGACCCACCAUGUGUUAGUGAGACUACCUUCAGUAUAUUUGUGUGGUUUGGCUGGGCCAAUUCUUCUCUGAAUCCUGUGAUUUAUGCUUUCAAUGCAGACUUUAGGAAAGCAUUCACCACAAUCCUUGGAUGUAAUAAGUUAUGCUCAAACUCCAAUGUGGAACCUGUGAACUUCAGCAAUGAGUUGGUUUCCUAUCAUCAUGACACCACCUUUCAAAAAGAUGCCCCUGCCAACUUCAACAGCUCCCAGCUUCCCAAUGUGGUGACCCAAGAACAAGAUGACUUGGAAGGACCUUGUUUUGACAAAGGUUCAGUCACUUCCAACUCCCACGGGAUCAGAAACCACAAAAACCUACUUUUACCAAACAGUGUCCAGUUUGAAUGUGAAGCAGAGAUUUCUCUGGAGACAAUUACCCCGUUUACAUCUGCAGGGCCAAUUGAAUGUCCUUCACAUGCUCUAGAAGAGGAAGGCAUACAAUAUACUAAUACAUUGUAUUAG